CAACAGCUGGCUGGCCCCCUCCACGUGACGCCGAGCCGCGCCGCGCCGCUCCGGUCCAUUCCACCUGCGCCUACUCGCCCAAGGACUCGACCCGCUGCGCUGGGAGCCCCGGAUGGUGAGGGCGCCUGAUAUCGACAUGGCGCAGCAUGGCGGCUCCAGCUCCACCGGCGCAGACCGCUCGCAGCGCGCUUCCCCGUCGGGGUGCGUGCACCACCAGCUGCCGCAGAGGGCCGGCGCCAAGCAGAGCGCCACCACCACCACCACCACCACCACCACCACGACCAGCACCAGCAGCUACGGCGCGCUGCACGUGGGCGGCGUCACGCUCAACCUGGGCCACCACCACAUCCACCACUGGACGUACCCCACGAGCGGGGUGCCUGCCGCGCUGCCCGGCGCCGCCACCUUCCACUUCGGGCCCGGCUUCGAGCCGCACCCGUUCGAGGAGGCCGGCGGGCCGCUGUCGUCGUCGUCGUCCUCCUCGCUGCGCGCCUCGCAGCCGCCAGUUCGUGCUGGACAGCUACGUGGCUUAUCUGCUCAUGGCUCGCCAGGACUCGUGCGUCAAGCCUACUCCAGGAGGCUGUUCCGCGAAGAAUGA